AGCGCAGGCGGCAGAGCCGGGGAGGAGGAGGAGGGCAGCGCCAUGACUCAUUUGCAGGCAGGUCUCUCCCCGGAGACUCUGGAGAAAGCCCGGCUGGAGCUGAACGAAAACCCCGACACCUUGCACCAGGACAUCCAGGAGGUGCGGGACAUGGUCAUCACCCGGCCGGACAUCGGCUUCCUCCGCACCGACGAUGCCUUCAUCCUGCGGUUUCUGCGGGCCAGGAAGUUUCAGCACUUCGAGGCGUUUCGCCUCCUGGCCCAAUACUUUGAAUAUCGCCAGCAGAACCUGGACAUGUUUAAGAGCUUCAAGGCCACAGACCCAGGCAUCAAGCAAGCGCUGAAGGAUGGUUUCCCCGGCGGGCUGGCCAACCUGGACCACUACGGCAGGAAGAUCCUCGUCCUUUUUGCUGCCAACUGGGACCAGAGCAGGUACACACUGGUGGAUAUUCUGCGUGCCAUACUUCUUUCUUUAGAAGCCAUGAUAGAAGACCCUGAGCUGCAAGUGAAUGGAUUUGUUUUGAUUAUAGACUGGAGCAACUUCACCUUCAAGCAGGCCUCCAAGCUCACACCAAGCAUGCUUAGAUUAGCCAUAGAAGGCCUUCAGGACAGCUUUCCAGCUCGGUUUGGAGGAAUACAUUUCGUCAAUCAGCCGUGGUAUAUCCAUGCCCUCUACACAGUUAUCCGGCCCUUUCUGAAGGAGAAGACACGAAAAAGGAUAUUCCUGCAUGGUAACAACCUCAACAGCCUGCAUCAGCUCAUACACCCUGAGAUCCUGCCUUCAGAGUUUGGAGGAAUGUUGCCCCCCUAUGACAUGGGCACGUGGGCAAGAACUCUGCUUGACCAUGAGUACGAUGAUGACAGUGAAUGCAACGCGGACUCCUACAACACUCCUGCAAAGGAUAUAGAAAAGGACCUCUCUCCCAAAUCCAUGAAAAGGUCUCAGUCAGUUGUGGAUCCUGGGGUGCUGAAACGCAUGGAUAAGAAUGAGGAAGAAAACAUGCAGCCUUUGCUUUCACUUGACUAACAGUUUUUGAGCAUUGGACAUGAACUGAGGUGGAAGGCACUGCCUCUCAGCAACAAGAAAAUCAUUGGGAAGGAGUGUAACAGCUGGAAUCCUAUUUACUCAUGUUAAUGUAGCAUAUUGGCAGCAGGUGUAACUAUUCUGCCUGAAUUCUGGAAGCCCUUUGGUGAAAAAGAAGUGGAGAAAAAAAAGAAAAUUAAAUAAAAAAAGAAAAGGAAUCAAUAAUUUAUUCUGUAAGUGCCAACUUGUUUGUAAAUACAAUAUAAUCCUCCAAUUUUACUUUGUAAGUUAUGGUAAACAAGUGCUAUGGAAAUGAGUGACUAUUAAAUAUGUCACUGAAGUGCACCAUAAAAAAGAGAAGAAAACAUGUGUGUUCUCACAUGUACACACACACACACACAUGCACAGAGAAACAUGCUGAACAAAGAAAAAUAUCAAAGGCAAUUAAGUGUUGUCCUUCCCAUGGCAAGCCAACUAGUACUUUGACUACUGGAUUUUUCUGCAGUGAUCACAUAGUGUGCUAAGAUAAAGAGGGAGUAUGGCAUUGGGAGAUGCUGUAAUCAUUGCAAUGUUUCCUAACUGUGGGAAUUGGUUUCUCAAAUAACACUGGGGUCUAGGAUUGUUAUUUAGCAUAAACAAUGUACAUUGUGAGAAAGAUCACAGGUGAACUGAAACCAACUCUUGGAUAGCUUUGUCAUUUAGCUGUAUGGGUCUCUGAGAUUUCUUCCCUAACUUUUCAUUUACACAAGUAACCUGGCUUGGUACCGUAAUCUGGGUGUUGUAAUGUGGGACACAUUGGAGUUACUUCUCUUGCGUUUUUGGUGCCCAUCAAGAAUUUUUCCAGAACUCUGUUCUCCCUUGGAGUGAGACAUUAGUCCUCUAACUACAGUGGAAUAACCAGUAUCUUAAAGAAAAGCCUGGCAGCAGAGGUUAGUCACUGAAUCCUCUGCACUGGGAGACUGGAUACAUAUAUAUAUAUAUAUAUUUUUACCAAUCUCUGACAAGCAUACAAGGUGACAUUGUUAGAUAAGUAUAUUUCACUGAAGGUUUAUACAAGAAAUCAUACCUAUUCAAUGUACUUAGAUAUAUUAUAGAUUGUAUAUUGAGACACUGCCAUUAUUGCUAUAGUAGAACUUUCCAUAGAUCAACAGCAUCCCACUCCAAGCAAAGAUUAAAAUGAAUAAGUUUUAGUCAACCAUCUCAGCCUAUAGUUUGGGACACCUUUGUUUUGGUUGUAGUGUAACUGUAUAUUCUGAACAUGUGCCAUAACAGAGAAAUAUAUUUUACCUCAAAAGGGCAACAGGUUUCACUAGGGAUUGGGUAAAUCUGCUGAAACACAGGGGCUGUGUCAUCUCUGUGUGCUGGCUGAUCUGUGUGCAGCCCGUGGGGUGCUGAGGCGAGAAUGUAACUUCUUAUUAGGACUUGACAGAUUUUUUUAUUUAUGUUCAGAGUGGGAAGACACACAGGGUACCUAGCAAGACAUCUGAAUAAUUAGAGGUAUUUUAAGAGCAUGUUCAGGCAGUGCAGGGAUUAGUUGUGAAAACACUGACAACAUUGGAGGUGAUAGUUCACAGCAACCCUGCCUCCCAAGUGCUAGAGUUUAAAACAUUUCUUCCAUCACUCCAGUGGUAGGUGAACUUUCCAAGUUACUGGUUGUAGGUCACCUCUUCUCAUCCAGGAUGAUUACAGCUGUAAGAUUUGGUAGACUGAGACGGGUUAAGAGCAGAGAGUGAGAACUUGAAAGUCUCUUGUCUUGAGUUGAGCUGUAGCUCCUGUGGUGGCAGCUUCAGCAUUUCUCAGGGCUGAGAUGACCCUGACUCUUCCAGCAUCAGCCUUGAUUAGCCCAGGCAAAUCACAGAUAAAGCUUUCCUACUUCACAUGUCAUUAGCAGCAGUGAUAAAUAGUGUAUGCCCUAAUAUGCCAUCAGCUUGCAGGAACUUGUCUGAACAACUCACUGUCUUUCUGCUUUCCUAAUUCUGUUUCCAUGGCAUGUGUUAGGAAAUGCAGAGAGGAAAGAUAUGGAGCCUGAACUUCUUAUCAGUCUGUUUGAAAAGUUGUCAGUAGUAGAAACUGUCCUAAUACUACUUCUGUGGUUUGAGAGACUUGAGAAAAUGAUCAGUUCUUAUAUACUCUUUUAUUCAGUUGUAUUUUUCACAUUCCUUGUAAAAUCAUGCUGUAAAAGUGAGAUGUAUCUCCAGUAUUCGCAAAAGUGCCAUUUUUGAAUGUAUGUUAUAUAUUUCCACACUUCUGGUUAGUAGAAUAGUAUAUUGCCAUGGUUAUGAUUUAAAAAUUCUUAUCAGAUAAAACUAAAACAUCAGUAGAAAUUUUCUCCUUAUAAGGGCUUCAGGAUUUAGUCAGUACUCCACAUUUAUACAAGCUGUGACACAGUGGUGAUCAAAAUCUUCAUGAAUCCUUUUAGAUACAUGGGCCAGACUGGUGUAAGACAGAAUCAGUAGAAUGCUGAUUUCAGAGUACACCACCUGUCUAAUCACAAAAUGUGUUCCACUGUAUGAAACUUGAAAUUUGUUUUGAAGCUUAUAAAUUUUUGUUGGAAAAUCAAAUUUUGUUUAUUUGUGCACCUAACUGUAAUUUAUGUAAUAUUUUCUGAUAUCUGAUUUCAAUUUAAGGUAAUGAGUAUGAAUACAUUUUUUUCCAGAAAAUGAAAGUAGGAUAUAUUAUAAUUUUGUGUAACUGGGAUUUCAUCUUUCAGUAAGAACAAAAUUCUUUUUCAAUAAGAUCCUCUCUCUUUGAAGAGUUGGGCUACAGGUCAUCUUGGCUGCAGCUUUUAUUUUGUUGAAUCAAAUUCUGACAGUGGUAAUUGCAAUUGUUACAUUGAAAAAGAAUAUGAAAAUGGGUAAAAGAAAUAAAUAUACUUUACAUACACUCACUAUUCUUUGAAGGCAUUUCUCUUUUACAUAU